AUGCAAAUUCUUUCCCUGCUGAAUGGCCCCGUGUUGACUAUCCAGCGACAGUCGAAUGGAGAAGAAUCUGAUGAUGACGAUGAUGGCGACGAUAAGGAAGGCACUGCCGCUGAGAUCGUCCCCAUUCGGAUUGCUGAGAGACGCUACAUCGCAGAAUGUGCGGUGCGGGACCCAUCUGUACUCCGGGAUCAGAAAGGCUAUGCCUUCCACGUCGAGUGCUCCGUCACUCUGAUUGCAUUAUGUAAACGGAGAGAUCGCCGCCAGGUGACGACCAGGUGCUCUCCAGAGCCGGCGUCCGUCAAGACUGCUUUAGAUUCGCCACGGCUGUCCGAGAGAGAACCCAUCGUCAAGCGUGACAAUCCACUGAAGUGCCAAGACUGGCAGUGUCUUUUCUGUCUAGCCAGUUACGACCUUCCUUUGGAGGAGCGAAAACGCAAGUACAAAAGGAAAUAUACGCUUCAGAAACACGUUGAGCGAUGCCGUCUCGAAUAUUACGGUCCUGACGAUCCCAUCCCUUGCCCUGAUGGUCAUGCGUGUGCUGGACUGAUUCUGAACGGAAAGAACAAGCUGAAAGCGCACUUUAUACAUAAUGGUGGCCCACAACCUGAAGUUAAUGUUGAUGUGAGCCAGGAGGCCGUAAGUGACGAAAUGGCUACCUGA